CUAUCGUGAAAAUAGGGAGAGAAAGGGGUUCAGAUGUUCCCCCUUUCUUUCCUCUUCGACGUAAAGCAGAGACGCACCUGCGAGAGUGCCUGCUCCGGCUGUCUUCGCUGAGAAGCCCAAUUGGGGUGCUGCUGCUGCCGCUGCUGUCGCUGCUGCUUGGCUCAGGCUGCACACACUUUACAGACUGGACCAGUGGACUGGGAAAAAGACAGAAAAAGAAAGAGGGGAGAGCAGGGUGAGCCACGGAGAGGGGGGGGAAGGUGAGAGAGUGCGUGAAACAGAGAUUGGAUGAAUUCCUCUCCUCCUCUGGCACUCCACAGGCGCUCUUUCAUUUAUCUGAGCCCGACCGACGACAGCAUGCCAAGCGCAGACUCCAGCGACACAACUCGCCACCGACUUCCCAAUAAAGGACAGGAGUGAGACUUCCACCGUUGCAGCGGCUCCUGCACAACAUCCGUGCAGGACACUACUUUGAGGACAUCCGGGACACUGCCGACACGAGGACCCGACGCAGAGAAAGAGGGACCAUCGUAUAUGAGCCCAAAGCCCCGCGAGGCCCCUGGGAUGGCGGGCAGUGCAUGUUACUACCUGGUUAUCAGCUCCACACACCUGAGCAAUGGACACUUUCGGCGCGUUAAGGGAGUCUUCAGAGGACCGCUGUGUCCAACCGCAGCCAGUGAUUCCCCGGAGUGUGCAGAGAGAGCUUUGGGCUGCUCAGUGGAGGAUCUGAAGGCUCUUUUCUACUGUGAGCUGUGUGACAAGCAGUACCUCAGACACCAGGAGUUUGACAACCACAUCAACUCCUACGACCAUGCACACAAACAGAGGCUGAAGGAACUGAAGCACAGGGAGUUUGCUCGAAACGUGGCCUCAAAAUCAUGGAAGGACCAGCGCAAGCAAGAUAAGGCUCUGAGACGCCUGCACCAGCUCGCACAGCUGCAACAGGAAACCCAGCGAGUCCCGGUGAAAACUUCUGGACUUCGAAGUACAGUCAAGACAGUGAGACAUCAAGAAGACAGAGAAGUGGACCAAAGAGACCGCAGUCCUGAGGUCAAACCUGAACAAUUCAGCCGCAGCCAGAGACCCCCUCCUCUGCAACCCAGGACAUCCAGCCUCAGCCACCAACCAGAAGAUCCAUGGCGAUCUCCUCCCCCGAUACCACCAGUCGCUCCUCUAGCAGACUACCCACUAAUCACACAUCCAGCAUCCAAUACUGAGCCUCCUGCAGUGAACCCCCCCUCUCUCCUGGACUCGUGUCCCCAGCUGCCUCUCCCUGUGCGGGGGACAGCGGGAGGCAGGCUCGGGGUGUCCUUCUGCUUCUCACGCAGGGGGCCCAGGCUGGAGCCUUCUGCCUCCGUCUUCUCGGACAUGGAGGAGGAGGAGAGAGAGAAGAGGGAAGAAAUGAAAGAAAGGAUCAAGGGGAUGAUGGAAGAUAUUGACAGGGAAACUGGGGCAGCAGAGGAGGGGAAACACAGUAAGAGUGAAAAGCAUGAGUCCAGAUCUGACACUGUUAGACUAAGCGACACGGGGCCAAUCCCCAGAGAAGCUCCCAGGGAGGAGAAAGAGAUUGAAAGAACAGACAUAGUAAAAGCACACUCGACUAUUUCCACAGCAAUACCUGAUAAUCAGAGUCAUGAUUUACUCUUCUUGCCGUCACAGACCCAGCUGGAACACAUGGAGCCUGAACAUACUAACAGCGAGACAGAGGAUGGGAGGGAGGAGAGUGAGUAUAUGUGUGUGCUGGGGAAAGAUGACUCUACCCGUCUGAGAUGGCCUGUCAGUUUGCUCAAGUUCACCAACUCGCAACCACCCAUCUCAUACAGUUGCAAUCCACUCAGUUUGAACCCACAACAACCCGAACAACUCACAGAGAAUGUGCAGGAGUCUCAACAAAAUCAGUGUGCUCUCUCUGAUGAAUCAGAUCUUCGUGUGCCAGCUAUUCUUACAACAGGCUCUCCUCCCUGUGUACAGAGACAGACAAGACAAAAGCUGAAAGCACAAAGACAUAAAGCUACGGAUCAUUUCAAGGCAGAGCAACAUAUUGACGCGGAGACAGAAGCACACCUGUUCAAAAACAUUUCUCUGUCAGAAACAAGACCAGAAAAAGGGAGAUGCGCACUAAGUAUGGAGAACUGUGUGAGGGAAGCUUCCCAUCCAUUUGACCCCUCUCAUGGUGACAGCUCUUACACAAACUCCCAGAAUCCUCUGGGAGGCAGAUUAGGGGGUGCGAGAGGGAUCAAGGAGAGAGCGAUCAUAGCCCUGAGCUGUAAAUUAGAGUCUGUCACCCAGCCUGGCACACAGAGGAUGUGCAUUAGACCGUCCAGGAGUGAGUGUGGGAGUGAGACAAUGUGCAAGUGUGCUGCACAGCCGAACGGGGGUGUCUCAGAAGUGUCACGCAAAAAGAGGAAAGCCAGCACAAAGAAACACAAGUUAGGAAAGAGGAAGAGGGGAAAGACAGAAAAGGCUUCAAACGAGCGCCAAUCAGCAAGGUGCAAAGUGAGGAGUGUUGUCUCUACAGUCUCCACUGGCAGGGAGAGGAGUGGAGAAGCUGGAGGGAGCUGGGGGAAGAAAAGGAGGCUGAGGGAGACGGGGGAGGCGAGGAUGAGGAGGGUGCAGAGAGCAGGGAGCAGCUGUCUCCUGGGGAGAUGUGAAGCCGAGCCAGUAUCUGUCUCUGUCAGGCAGAGGAGGCCUCACAGCACUGAGUCGCAGGCAGACAGAGAGCAGGCAGAGCGCUGCAGCGUCUCCCAGCUCAGCAGACACUCAGCCCACAGACACAACAAGGGGGGGGGGGAGCGAGACGGUGAUGCUUUGACUUUUCCCAGGCGGUCUCACUUCUCCUUGCACCCCUUCUCACCAGGAUGUAACUCAAAGCUGUUUUGGGAAAGAGGUCACCAUAGCAACCCCAGGAGUUUCAUUGACUGCUGUUACCCUGACAACAGCCGUGGUUGCAGCCCUGCGAGAAAGAGAAAACUCCUCCACAGGGACAGGAAAUUCAUUCAUAGUAAGAGGAAGAGUUCGAGGCAUUGUGAAGUCUGGAAGGAGACAGGGAGGGGAAGGAGAAUGGGAGGGCGUUCAGGUUUUAGAGACAUGGAUCUGAUUUCGGAUACAGAACAGUGGGAGUGGAUGAGGGAGAGCUAUGGUGGAGGUAGUGAGGAGGGCAGGUCGAGGAAUGAGUGGAGAAACAGAGCCGUGGAGUGGGAUCGGGCGGCGAAGUUUAGCCCCAUUCCCAGCAGCUGGGGCAGGAGAGGCAGACGUCUGAGCACAGAAGAUGUAGACUGGGACAUGUGCAGCGUGGACAGAUGGACCUGGGGCAGCAGUGACAGCUGGGAGGACAGGGGGACACAGAGGUCCAGGUCAGGCUCCAGGACAGGGGCAGACAGCAGGGACAGCCCGGGCUGUGUGUGGAGAUCUGCAGGAACCCGGCGCUCCAGCCCGAGGCCCAUCUCCAGCCCUGAGUGGUGGACGUGUAGGCAGACAAACAGCCCCCAGAGUGGGGUCAACACACGGGCCAGCAGAGGCCUCAGUCCACGCUCCUGCAGCCCCUGCAGCAACACCAGCAUGUCCGAGCUGAGCUGGGAGUGGAGCCGGAGCAGCACCUGCUCAGGAGUCACAGUGGAUGGGUUGAAAGUAAGCUCCUAUAGGACAUCCUCGGGAACCACAGGACCCUCAUCUGAAGCGCAUCUGAAGGCAGAGAACCCCACAUUAACUUCAUCCAGCCUUACCUCUUGCUCCUUUUCUCAUUCCUCGCCCUCCAGAUCAACUUUUGCUCCCAUCGUCCUGAGCACACACCAUUGUGACACAAGCGCUUCUCAGCCGAACGAGCCCAGUUCACAGUCUGAACUUGGCCAUGAACCCUCUGCCCUUGUCAACACAAGCAGGUCAGACACAACUCUUCCAGGACUUUCCACUAAGUCUCUGCCACAGAAACCAGCCAGGGUGUUGCUUCUCCCUCUCAUAGGGAAACUACCUGCAAUCCAGAGGAAGGCCAGGAGGAAAAGAGGCCUGCUGGAGAAAAGUCAGGAGAAAGAGGGAAAGGAGGGAGAUGAGGCUAAGGGCAGUGGACUGAAUCCUGGCACAGUUGUCAACAGUCAGAAAUGUCCUCUGGACAUGGUUGAGUCAAACCCCAGCAGCACGCCAAAUCUCUGCCUCUCGCAGAUUAGGACUGAUGACAAGCAGACGGGUGGAGAGACAGCGCCGCCAAUCAGCUUUACUGCAGAGGAGAUGGACAAAUAUCGCCUCCUGCAAGAGCAGGCAAGAGAGCACAUGCAGAAAAUCCUGGAACAGACGAACGACAGCGCAGAUACACACACAAAGACAAACUACACACAAACAACACAGACAGAGAACUGUGGGACUUCUGAGGGACAAUAUACACCUGCACACUUGCACAACCCUUCAGCGCCUCAAACCCAGUCGCUUCACACAGACACGCUGCAAACACAAGCACAGCACAGACUCCAGGUCAGACUCCCCCCUCCACAUGUGACCCCACAAGAGAACUUUACUCAACCCAUGGCUCUGAGGGUCCCUAACCUCCCCCCUCUGUCCAGCCUCCAUCAUAUUAUUUUACAACACGCAGCCCUCUCCAUGCCCCCAUCGUCCUCUUCCUCCUCAUCAAGAUCUCCUGCCAUCCACCCUCACCCCGCUCAGCUCCCUCACCCUCUGCCACCUCUCCACCCCUCUCACGCUCAUCACCUUCACCUCUCUCCCUUCUCUAUAUCAUCCCUGUUUCCCUCCAUUCUGCUGUCCCAUCAUCCCAUCGCUUUUCUCCCACAGUCCCCCACUUUCCAUGCAAACCCACUCGCUCCACUCUCCCGAGUAGCGCUGCAACCGUUGAGCCCUCAGUCUUUCAUGGACAGAGCGUGGCCGGUGAGGUUUCAACAGAAGGCGUUGUGAUUUUUACAGAGUGGCUGCCAUGUUUAUUAAUCUUUCUUGGCAACUCAGAGUUGUGAGAGAAAGAAGGGGAAUAUUUGAUUUGGACAAAAGCCUGCUAUUUGAAAUGGGGAUGUGUCAGUGCUUUUACUAGAAUGAACUUCAACUCCCUUUCGCAUAUGCCCCCACACACGCGCAUGCACAGAAUCGGCCCAACAUUUGACUGUGUUCAAAUAAAAAUGUGUUUCUCCAUCUAGCCUCUCCUGUGUUUCAGCAGACAUCGAGAACAGACUUUGAUCCUUUACUUUUCCCAUCAUUCCUCAUUCAUGCCCAGAAUAAAGGGAAAGGUGCACCUGCUAUUCAAAGACAAGCUGGGCUUGUGUCAUCCUCUCUUUAUCCUUCUGAACCACAGACAGACCAGCUGCCUUUUGAAGUAUCCUUCAUGCCAGGGACAGAGGGACAAGAAAGAGUGAUAAUGCUCUCUCCUUAUCUCCAUUUCAUACAGGUUAUCUGAGUUAGUGUGACUUUCAACAAACAUAAACAACAUUUCAGCAACCGGGGGGCAUAGCACAGCCCUUUUAACCUUGGUGUGUACUGUAUUUGUGUGUGUCACGGUGUGCAAGGUAAUUCUGGACUGACACACAUACACAGUAGAAAAGACAGCUUAUUUCCAUAUCUGACACAUGUAAAGACCUGUUUUGUCUCUAUAGUGUAAAUAUUCUGACAGUGAGUAAUAACAUUCGAAACAAUAAAAUGAAAUGUGGAUUGAACCUUG